AUGAGCCUGUCAGCCCAGAUACACACCCAACUGCAGAACCUCAACCUCCCGCCGCCGUCUCAACCGUGGCUACAGGCUCUCAUCUCGGCCCGCAACCCCCCUCCUCCCCUCCCUUCCUUGGUUAUGACCGUCAAGACCCGACUCCUGGCCUCGGACCUCACCACUCCUGGCUUGCUCGACUCCGAUUCAGUCCCAGCCAUAUCUCUUCCGAGCGGCAUCAGCAACCCCGCCGUGCAGGAGACUCGGCUAAGCCACCAUGUCUACGUCCAGGUUGCCGACAUCGAGGAUCUGGCAAAGAGCCGGUGGGAGCAGGUCGAGGAGCUCGAGGCCAUCGAGAGGGGCGAGCAGACCCGAGGCCGAGAGAUCAUCCGCCUUCCUACCAACGGUGCUAAUACGGACGAGCACCAGAAUGGAACGGCCGAUGGACCAGAGGCACAGUUAUCAGCGCCGGCGACAGCAACAGCACCAGCACCAACCCCCAACAAGGCCACCCAUCGACUAGUCUUGCAGGACUGCAAGGGCCAGACGGUAUAUGGCCUUGAGCUGACGCGUAUCCCAAGGAUAGCCAUCGGGACACUCAACAUCGGCGAGAAGAUACUACUCAGAAAGGGUGCCCUCGUCGCAAGAGGGGCCAUAGUACUCGAACCUACGACUUGUCACAUCUUGGGUGGCAAGAUCGAAGCCUGUGAGAGCGCAAGAAUCGACUGA